AGUAUUCUGUACUCGUUUGCCUUAUAAGCAAACAUUAUCUACUCGCUAGGCAAACGUGCCUGAGCACACGGUGCGCGUGUUAUACAACAGGUAGUACUAACAGAUUAGCUGCAGUUCAAAGCGACAAUAAAGGCACUAGCUCGGAGUCUUGAAUUCACCUUCAUCCAAGGUCCGUAGCCACCAGAACUCCAAUCUUCCCUUAAGUAUUGCUGGUUGCAACUUGAACAAUUGAUCAACUAGCCGGAUCACCGCGGCAGGCACGAUAUGCACAUUUUCCCACGAUUCGUCUUCCACAAUAUACUGCCGAACUUCAUUAUUUUUCUUUUUGAAAACCGUGCGAGGGCCUAAAUGCAAAGUGUCCCAUGUUUAUUUUUUCAAAAACCUUGUUUUCUAUGAUCGUAGCUUGCAUGAACUGUGGCGAAGGACAAGAAAACACAAACGCUACGCGUCCCCAGUUUCCUGAACAUCACCUCGUACAGUCAUCGCUAACAGGUGAUCAAUUUACAGCUGACUACACCAUCACUACCGGGAGAAAAGUUGGGAUAUAUCGAAUCAACAUCAUGAUGAACAAAUGUCGGUGGCGAAUAAAUUGAACUGAAGUCACGGAGGACGAUGAGGAUGGUGAAUAUAUAUUCCAGCUGCGAGACGUAUCCGUCUCUCGUCUCCACAUCUGAUUUGCUUUGCGAGAUUACGGCAAACGUCGUAUAAAUUUGUCAGAAAACAUCACCUCCGGUUACUGCAGCAAGUGAUUAGAUCACCAAUAUGAAUAAAAAAAUCUAACGGGAUUCGGGGUGGUACUAUCCUCUCGUCACGCAGCAACAAUGUUAUUACAUAUACCGAGACACGAAAUAUAUAGUGUGAGAUACAAAAGC